UAUCGAUUAUUGGUUCUAUUUUCAUCAAAGCUGAGGUUUUGAUUCUCUAUACGGGAUUCACAAUUCUUAAUUGUGCAGGCUCAAUUUUUCGUUCUAGCUAAGAUUGUGAGAGACUCGCUGGUGGUAAGAAGUGACACCCACUUAUCCAUUACUGCAACAUCCAGUAGUGCGAGACCCAUUUUCCUCUUAACCUAGUCCAUUGUUGAUGGAGCCUAUUAUUAUACAGACAAGAUGCAACCAUCAUCUCUUUUACAAGGCAAUAUUGAAGACUGGGAAUCAAACUUUAGGAACAGAGUUUCCCAAAGUGCACUUGAGGAUCUUGGUUAUUGAAGGAGCUGGAUUUCUUGGCUCCAAUCUUGUUCACAAGUUGAUGGAGAAUUAAAAGAGAUGCUUCUUAGGGGUCCUAAGAAUGCUCGUAAAGCACUUUGGUUCAGCUCUUGGUGUGCCACACAAGUACUCUAAAACCUUGUUCCAUGUUGAAGGGAAGGAAUUCGCAGAAAGCUAGAUGCAUGAGGCACAACAGGGAACAUGUGCGUCAUGGUCUUUCAAAAUCUUUAAUUGUCUGUAAAACUUUCAUUUUAAGAUGAACUUAUAAGGUUGUCCUUCAAAGUGGAACAUGCGGAGGCAAUGUGAAGACUAGAAUGUUAUGUUACUUUGCAAAAUUGUUAUUUAAGGAUUAUUACAGAGAUACUGAAUAUUUUGUGUUGACUUCAAUAUUCGUGACUAUGGUG